AUGCAUACUACCAUAGGAGCUGCGGCUGUCCUCUCGCUUCUGUCCGCAGUGGCAGCGCAGACAUCGACGAGCUGCAACCCUACAGAGAAGACGUGCUCUGCAGACCAAGGUCUUGACCAGUCAUCGUACAGUGUCGACUUCACUCAGGGAGAGAGCAGUGAUUGGAACGCCACCUACGGAACUAUCACCUACGAUGACACCAACGGCGCCAUCUACACCAUUUCGAAGUCCGGUGAUGCUCCUACAGUCCAGUCUAACUUCUAUAUCUUCUUUGGUGCUGUCUCCGUUGUGAUGAAGGCUGCGCCAGGAACUGGCAUUGUGUCCUCGGCGAUUCUUGAGUCCGAUGACCUCGACGAGAUUGACUGGGAGUGGCUUGGUGGCACCGCAACUGAAGUGGAGACCAACUACUUCGGUAAGGGGAACACGACCACUUACGACCGUGAGACAUAUGUCCAAAUGGCCGACUCGCAGUCCGAUUUCCACAACUACACCAUUGUGUGGACCGAAGAGAGCACGAUCUGGAUGAUCGACGGCGAGUCUGUCCGCACCCUGGCGUACGCAGACGCCAACGGCGGCUCCAACUACCCCCAGACGCCGAUGCGCGUCAAGUUAGGAAUCUGGGCUGGAGGCGACUCGAGCAACUCCGAGGGCACAAUCGAGUGGGCCGGCGGUGAGACCGACUACGACGACGGCCCUUUUACCGCCUACAUCAAGAGUGUCUCCAUCACCAACUACAACCCGGCCAAGUCGUACACUUACGGCGACCUGACUGGCUCAUACGACUCGAUCGUGCUGGGCGACACCGACGUCAACACCACCAGCACGAGCUCUUCCGACACCACGUCGUCCAUGGAGGCCGGUUCGUUGCCCACUUCUCCUGUCCCCACCGGCGCGCCCGUGAAUGCCUCUGGUGUCACGUCUGUCCGCCCUUCGGCGACGGGCGGUGCGUCUGGCAUAUCUGGUGGUGCUCCCUUCGGAAACGGUUCGAGCUCGACUAACUCUAGCUCAUCGUCAGCUACCUCCGCGAACUCAUCCUCUUCGACGUCAUCUUCCUCUUCUUCCGACGGCUCCAGUGGCUCGUCCAGCUCCUCAUCCUCCUCGUCAGCUGCCUCAGGCUCAUCUUCAGCGGCGGCUGCCGCCAGUGCUGCAGAGCUGAGUGUCAGCCGUGUUGGUACUUCGGUCAUCCUGGGAGUUCUAGGAUGUGCUUUGGCAUUCAUUUAG